GAAGAGUGCUUGGGAUUGAAGAGUGCUUGGGAUUGAAGAGUGCUUGGGUUGAGGAGAGCUCCCCAGAAGCACAGUGGAAGUGAAAGAUACAGAGAAAACAAGGGGACUGAAGAUGAAGAGGGAGCAAGCUCAAGGCACAACUGGGGGUUCACGCUUGAUUGCUUCCCAGGAGCUUUGGGAAAUGUUUGACAGGCAGAGGGCACCAUGGGCAGAGGCAAGAAGGGAAAGGAAUAGCAGACAACUGAGUUCUUUCUUGCAGGAUCAAAGUCCUCAUGAGUUGACAGCUCGAAGGCCGUCAGAAGACAGGCCAUCCAGGAAAACAGUGGGAGAACAAAUCAGAGCAAAACAAGGCAGGAAAAGACAAGAUUGUGGCAGCGACGAGGUACUCACCAGCUCAACUUCUCAAAAAAGUUCUUCUCACACAAUCACCAGAGUCUUGAUCGAUCUGUACACAGUCAGCAGUAUCUAGAGUGCAAUCUAAAGCAGAGCAGCAGAGAGCAGAGGCAAUACUCACCUUGAAGAAAGGAAGAGAAAGGAAGAAUGAAAAGCGAGAGAAAGGAAGAGGUAUUUAUACCUGAGCUGUCCUCGAGCAGGCUGGCAGGGCAACAAGAACUGUUGAGGAACAUGAUCAUGACCCGUUUGUGAUCGUCGAACAUUGCCAUGGUUCAUCGAAUGGAAAGAAUCCCAAUGCGAAGAGAGCGGAGUUGUGGCCGUUGACAAGGCAAUGUGUGGCGAUUUGUGGUGUUGUGAAAGUUAAACUCCAUCACGCGUUCAUACACAACCCAAAGAUUGGUUCAGCAGCUCUUCCUGUGGCAACAUCACACAGUGUCCUUUUCUUCCUGUUGAACCUUAUUCUCGGCCAGCAUUCUUUCAGCAGCAAGAGGACGAUAGAUUCGAGAGGGAGACAGAGAGACAGAGACAUAACAUCCUGCGUUGAAUGAAUCAGAGCCCUCGACAAUCCAUUGACGGAGGGAGUUCUGCAGCUUUGCAUCCAGCAUUGAGAUAAGAGACGUUGGAGCGAAGGAGUGCAGGUGGGAGCGGAGCGGAGCGUGUAUUUCAUGGGUCGACCAAUCCUUCUUCGAUCCUGCGGCGGAAAGUUUCUUGGUAAGGGAUGGUGGAGGACUUGACAGGGCAUUUGGAGCGGCUGAGACAAGGCCGCGUGUGUAUGGUCAGUCAUGCGGCUAAUGUGAGGUUCGAGAUGAAAGCUUCAGUGUAACUGGACGACUGCGACGACAACACGGUGGCCAUACACUGAUCGCCGUGGUUGCUGGGUGCAGUUCAGCGGAGGGCGGAACUUGAAGCUGUGGCGGGGGAGUUCUUCAAGGGAACCAUUGAAGUUGGACUGCGGCGGGAUAUGGUUUUGGCUGCCCAAGCAACCAGCCUCUCGAAAGUCCAGAUGGACAGAGGCGAGGUCACGGGGAAUCAAGAAAACAACCAACUUAAACACGAAUUCCAAACAGAUAACAAAGUCGUCAGCAGGGGUACAAGGAUGGCUCAGUGGCAGGAAAAGUGCGGGAGCAUGACUGGCCAGUUUGGCGGGCAGUGAGAUAUCCAACAACCACCCUUAUUUUCAAGGCUUCAGAGGAACCUUUAGAAAAGUACUUUGGCUCGUUUUGCAAACACAGCAGCUGCAGUGCCUUUGCCGACAGUUGCGUCAUGAGCCGUUGCUGCUGAAGGGAUCAAUCAAGCAAGUGCAAAGCUGGCACAACGAAACAUUCCAUACCAACACCGCUGGCAUUACCUCUGCAAAGUGCACGAGAACACCUUGAAGGGCUUCCCAUUCACUGGCUGGCACCCACCAGAGCAUGACUGGGGGCGGAACUGACCAUAUUUGCUGUCUAAUUGUGCCGCAUGAAACCUGCUGGCAACGACUGUCGUUGAAAGUAAAUUGUGUGGUAUUGCAGCCUUGCUUAGUCAUAGACUGCUGCGCAGACCAAAUACUGUAAAAAAUAAUAUGGGCCGCACAGUGGACCACCCCAGCCUCGUCUACGGUAUUCAUUCCAAAGCAACCAAGUACCCUCAGGCGAGAGCCUUCGCUUGAGGAAUCCCAAG